AAUUCCAAGUUUCUAGGUUAUGUACAAAUAUUCGCAAUGCUUGUUGCUUGUUGCACUCUUAAAAUUCUUCAAAUUCUAUACUCCCCUUAGUGAAAUAUUAGAAAAUAAUUGUUCGAAAUAACAAAGGUUAACAAAUUAUUAAAAAUGAUGCAAGUGGGUGAUUUCGAGGCAGUGGUACUAGCCGCUGGGAAAGGUUCCAGAAUGAUGGAACUCACAGCUGGAAAGCCAAAGUGUUUACUUCCAAUUGGUAAUUAUCCAAUGAUUUGGUAUCCACUGAGACUAUUGGAGAAAACAGGGUUUAAUACGGCAUUUAUUAUUGUUGCCGAAUCAUCGAAAAGUGAAAUAAUUUCAACACUAGAUAAAUUGAGUCUUAAAAUUAAACUCGAAAUGAUUGGUGUCUCAGAGGAUGAUUUAGGUACUGCUGACUCGAUGCGUCUUAUUUAUGAGAAAGUGAAAAAAGAUUGUCUAGUCAUUUCUUGCGAUUUAAUCGCAAAUGUUGAUAUAACACCUGUUUUGAAUUUAUAUAGAAAACAUAAUGCGAGUAUAACGGCAUUAAUGCUUCCGGUACCGAAAAUUUCUGAUGACACCAUUAUUGCUGGACCGAAAAGUAAACAAAAACCAGAGACCGAUUUAAUUGGCAUUGAGGCAAAGACAAAUCGAUUGGUUUUCUUUGCAUCGGCUUCUGAUUUUGAGGAGAAUGUCUUUUUACCUGCGAGAUUAUCGCAGAAGCAUACGGAUUUUAAUAUUCAUUCGAAACUGUUGGAUGCACAUCUUUAUGUUAUGAAUAAAUGGGUCUUGAAGUAUUUGGCUUUUAAUAAGAGUUUUAUUUCGAUAAAGGGAGAUUUUCUACCGUACAUCAUAUCCAAACAAUUGGCAAAACCGCCAAAAUGCUUUGUGGAUGACAAGAAUACUUCGAUUGUAAAAUUGAAUAUAAAGGAGGAUAUUCAACGUUUUUGUAGUGAGACUUAUUUGGAUGGACUUAGUAGGGAAAUGUCUUCCUUUAACGAUUGUAAUUCGAGUUUAGACAAUUCUUAUCACGACGAUAUUAUCAGAUGUUAUGCUUAUAAAGUCACUGAACAAUGUGGUCUGAGGGCGAAUACGAUCCAAAUGUACAGUUUAGCAAACGCUACGAUCGAUAAAUGGUGGGAAUUCGGAAGCAAUGACUCGAAAAUAUCUCCAAACGCAACUGUAAAAAGUACUCAACUUCAAGAUUGUCGUAUUGACAAUAAUGUUUUAAUUGACGAAAAAACAUCACUGAAAGAAAGCAAUAUUGGUGCCAAGUCUACAGUUGAGACAAAAACGAGAAUUUCAAAUAGUAUAAUUAUGGACAAUGUGACGAUUAAGCAGAAGUGUGCGAUUAUUAACAGCAUUCUCUGCAAUGGAUGUGUCAUUGAGAACGAAACUGUCUUAAAAAAUUGUUUAGUAGGUGCAAAAUUUACCGUCUCAACUGGUCAGGAACAUUCUCACGAAAUGUUAACCGACGCCGAUGAAUUAAUGGAAAUUUAAAUUUCUAUUUUAACUUAAAAUAAUUCUUCUCUUUGUUUUUAAUUCUGUAAAUACGAUUUUUUUUUUGGAAAUAAAAAUUUGCAUAUUUA